AAUCAGAAAUAGGAAGAAACAAUUUCACUAUUGGUCUCAGGUCUUUAGGGCCCUACUUCUUAGAAUGACCCCCACAUGCUACUUUCCACACUUCUAUCUGGCUUUGCUCCCUCCCAUACCUCUUAUGCACCCAGUGACACAUACGGUAUACCCAUGUGGUUCUGUCUGCCGUAGUGUAACAGCUAUAUAAGUAUAGGAGCAGAACUGUUUGUGGAAUCUGCCAUUGGAUCAGAUGAAUGGCUGAUGUCUGCCUUAUUGACUGAAGAAUAACACGUUUGUGUCUGAGCUCAUGGCAGGCUCUAAUGGCACAGCUGAGGAUGUGCCAUUUAUUUAUCAGCAAAUCUUUAAGCAAGCGUGUAUUCCAUGAGACGCCGCGCUACAUUCUUUUUGGCCACAUGCUUAUGAACGACUCUGUGCUUUUGCUCCUCACAACUGUUAUGUACACUAUGGGCACGUAUUACCUUCAAGUAACCAGAGCCAUCUGCACUCUGUUAGUCGUUAUCUCCUACUGCACUUUCCGUAACGCUCCUCUAACACUAGCACUGAUGUCUCUGGAGCGGUACGUGGCGAUCUGCUUCCCUCUGAGGCACUGCAACAUCGCCACACCAAAAAGGACUGGAAUCGCCAUAGGAAUCAUCUGGUUCCUUAGUUCUAUCAAUAUUAUAACGGACAUUAUUUUUGUGUUAAUUAUCAAUCCAAGUUUAUUUGUAGAGGUUUUAUUUUGCACACAAGAAAAAUUGUUUUUAUUCAAAUGGCAGCUGGAUAAAACUCAAGGGUUUGAUGUUCUUUAUUUUGUGUCUGUUGCAGUGAUCAUAGUUUUCACAUACAUUAGCAUUAUGAUCACAGCCAGGUCUGUUUCCUCUGAUAAAGAUUCUGCUAAGAAAGCUCUCAAAACGGUGCUCUUGCACUUGAUUCAGCUGGGACUGUGUCUCACCUCUUUCCUGUAUGCAACAAUAAACAAAACACUAUACACCGUGUCUGACAGCUCUUCUCUCUUCAUAAAUCUCAGAUAUCUGAAUUUUCUUAUUCUUCUUAUGCUGCCGCGCUGCCUGAGUCCUCUGAUUUAUGGUAUGAGAGAUGAAGCCUUGUGGCCCUUAUUCAAAUAUUAUUUCUGCUAUCGUUCAGGCAAAAUAAGGCCCUAUAUUAAUGUACAUUAACUGUAUGAUAUGAGAUGAUAUGAAAUAAUAAUUUGCACAAUGGCAAUUGUAAAGUUGCAACAAACUGUUUCAUCAUUAUGAAUGCCAUAUUUAAACAUGUUUAUCUGAAAAUAUAACAGCAGCACCAUAUACUUUUAUAUUAAA